AGAGAGAGUGUUGAGUUAUGGCAAAGAGGUAUCUGUUCCUCGUUCUUGCAUUAGUUGUGGUUCACGCUGGUGCAAGAAAUGUGCCCACAACCACUACAGUGACCGUGCCCAGCAGCGUGCCUAGCGGUGCGUCCGUUGAAGACCAGAAGAAUUUCCUCACUUACGGUGGCGUUGGGGGCUUCUCGGGUAUCGGCUCCAAUGGCUUGCCAUUUGCUGGUGCUGGGGGUGUCGCUGGGUUUACACCCCUUGGUGGUUUAGGUGGUGGUGGUGGUGGUGGUCUAGGUGGACUUGGUGGCAUCGGAGGCGGUGAUGGAGGUCUGGGUGGACUUGGUGGUGGAGCAGGAGGAGCUGUUGGCGGUGGAGUUGGAGGCGGAGCAGGAGCAGGAGCUGGAGCUGGCGGUGGGAGUGGUGCACUUCCUUUACCUUGAAAGUUGAAAUAGUUAUGGUCCAGGCCUUACCAUAAAUAGUUUAUUCCGUGUUGGUCAGAUCGUCUUUCCUUUUUGGUUAUGUCUUGUUUAGUCGAUGUGUGUGCGUUUUACUGUUUUUUAACCAUUUGAAUCUAAUGAUUGUUAUGUUCUCU